UUCUUGGACGAGGGGUUUGAUGUCAACGAGCCGAGGGGCGAUAGUGGGACGCCUCUUCACACGGUCGCGCAGCAUGGACGCGAUGCGAUGAUCAAGUUCCUCUUGCGCAAGGGUGCGUAUAUCGGGGCUCUGGAUGUCGAUGGUUGGACGCCUUUGCAUUAUGCCUGCGCGAGAGGGCAUAAGGCUGCAGCGGAGACUCUGAUGAAUCGGGGACAUAGCUUGAUCGAUCAGGGGGACUUUGAAGGGAAGACGCCUUUGUUUUGGAGCUGUGCUAAGGGGAGAGCGGAGACUGUGACUGUGUUGUUGGCCGCGAAUGCGAAUAUCGAAACAGCUAGUCAUCGUGGAGAUACGCCUUUGAUUAUGGCGAGCAAUAAUGGGCACGCGGAGACAGUCAGGCUGCUCCUGAACGCAGGGGUCAAAGCGAAUCAGAGAGGCCCGGAAGGGAAAACCGCU